ACACUUUGAUAACUGUUAAGGGAUUAAAAUAAAAGCUUUUCCAACGUUCAGAAUUAGUUUUAUCUGAGAUUUAGAUCGCUGUGUGCCAGGAUCGAUAAACGACGUGCGACGAAAAGGCGGGCACAUAACGAGCUCUAGAAAAAUCGAAAGGACCGGCCAUAUUGGAUAUCGACCUUUGCUUGCGCCAACUUCACGCGGCAGUUGCACUUCUUUACGUUUUCGGGAGAUUGUCGCUUCUCAUCCACUGUGUGUCUGCACCUCAGCCCAAAGGAAAACAAUAAUUCGCUUCUACACGGAAAAUUCAUUGUUGAGCGGGUAAGGUGAGGAAGAAGCUGCAGCCGCUUCUGGUGGUUGCCUAAGUUCUGACACCCGAGCGCGAGCACUGUGAACGAUGGUCGACUACUACAAGGUACUAGGAGUGCAACGGACCGCCACCGGCCGGGACAUCAAAAAAGCAUAUAGAAAAUUGGCACUGAGAUGGCAUCCAGACAAGAAUAUGGACAACCUGGAGGAAGCGAACAAGAGAUUCAAAGAGAUAUCUGAAGCAUACGAAGUGCUAAGUGAUGAGAAGAAAAAGAGGGUCUAUGAUCAGUUUGGAAAGGAGGGACUUCAGAUGCCAGGUGAAAAGACGGGAUACGAAGAUGAACUUGACUUAGCCUUUGCUUUUGUCUUCAGAGAUCCUGAGACAGUAUUUAGGGAAUUCUUUUCUGGUUUACCGUUCGAGGAAAUGUUCCCUAAACCCACUGCAUGCCGAGGCAACAGGCAUGGCCAACCAGGUAACAAUCUAAGCAGAUCCGUGUUCGGCACGCUCGGUGUUGCUUUCGGUUUCCGACCGUUCAGCGACUUGUUCGAAUGUACGACAGGGUUCACCUCGUUCAACACGUCCGCGAGCUUCGGUGGAAACAACGGCGGUGGCUUCGACGGAAACAGCGGCGGUGGCAAUGUCAAAAAAACAAGCACCUCGACCCGGUUCAUCAACGGCAAAAAGAUCACCACCAAGAAGGUUUUCGAGGACGGCAGGGAGACAAUAAUGACGUUCGAGAAUGACGUGCUGAAGUCGAAGACGGUGAACGGCGUGCCACAAUCAACGUUUGACGAGUCGACAAGUCGUCAGCUGACCGACAUUGCCAGCGAUAUCUCGGUGGCUGGCCAGAACUCGAGAACAGUCCAUGGUGACCAUCAAAAGGCUAGCAGAUUAAAGACGCACAUCAUAGCAGGUCAUCCACCUCUCACUAAGAAGCAAGAUAAGAGUAAGAGAAAAUAGAGGCAACACUCUUGCAGCCUUCUCUCAUUCGUUUCUUAAUUUUUUUUCCUUUUUUCGGUCUCCAUUAUCUUUUUUUUUUUUCGUUUCUUCAAACAGACGCAUAACAUACAUAUAUAUAC